AUGGCUUCUUGGAUGUAUUACGCUGGAUCAAGAUGGCACGCUUUCGAUCCUUCUUCUCAAUUACAAUUAGAAAAGAUUUGGUUUUCUUCGGGUGAAGGUUGGGUCAAUGCAUCCAUUGGUCAAGCUUACUAUCGAGCUCUACAAAACUCUUUGUACUGUGGUGGAUACUACUAUGAUAUUCGUCGUUUGAAUAGUAAUGACUACGGCGUGGCACCAUCGGAAUUAUAG